CUCCGGCUCAGGGCCGGGGGCGCGGGUUCCACUACCCUCUCCCGCCAGCUGGUGGCCUCCAGAAGGUGGCAGAGCCGGCAGCGGCUCGAACUGGGACGGCCGGGGCGCGGGAUGGUGGGGGAAGGGGCGUUCCCGGCGGCCGCGCCUUCCGCGGCUAUUGGAUUAGUGGCCUUCAGGGAUGAGCUCAGCCGGAUCGGCUUUCAGCUGCAGCCUCCGGGCCGGCCGGGAAGGCGGGGAGCGGGCGACCGUGGAGGAGAAGGAGGAGGAGGAGGAGGAGGAGGGGGAGGCGGCGGCUGCAGCAUCCAGAGCUGGCCCCGGCGCUCGGCGCGCCCCGCGCACAAAGGCGCCCGGCCCCUGGGGAAGGCGAUGAGCGCACCGCAGCCCGGGCCCUGGCCACCGCUGCAGCCCUCGCGGCGUGCGCCCGGGGCGCUGGGGAAGAAACCGGGCGCUCCGGGGAGCGGCGGCCGAGGGGCGGCCCGUGCGCCCUGAGCGCGGAACUCGCCGCCCUCCGGGGUCAGGAGCCGAGCUUCGGGGCGGCCGGGGUGAGGGAGCUUCCGAGCCCUCGCUGAGCUCGGUGGCGGGUCGGGAGCCUCACUACCCCGGGACCGGACCUCCGGCGCCCUCUCUCGCUGCUCCCGAGCGCCAACUUCGCCAAGAACGUCCCUAACUCCAGGGCACCCUGCGGGGAUCGAGAGGGCGCUGCCGCCGGGCACCAGCCGAGGGGACGCGCCGCUGGCGAAGGAGCAGCAGCCAGCACCCGCGGGGUCGCUCCGGCGCCCCUGAGUGGGCGGCGGCGGCAGCAGACCCCUCUCCCGGGAGUCCCGGACCUGCCAGCGCUGGGGAUUCCUCCCGGGCGGGCAGGCAGGCAGGCGCUGGCCCUCUCGUUUAUGGAGCUUGGGCCCCUGUCACAGCCCAGCAGAGGCUGUGGAGGCCAGCCAUCCGGAAGCCUGGUUCUCAGCCCCGGGAUCCAUCCCUGGCUACCCGGAGCGGAGGCUCCCACGAGGUAGCCGUGGCCAGCAGCGGUCCCCUCCCCACAGUAAGCCAUGGGUCAGAAGCUCUCUGGGAGCCUCAAGUCUGUGGAGGUGCGGGAGCCAGCACUUCGGCCGGCCAAGCGGGAGCUCCGAGGCUCGGAGCUUGGGCGGCCGGCGAGGCUAGACCAGCUGCUGGACAUGCCUGCUGCGGGCCUGGCAGUGCAGCUGCGACACGCGUGGAACCCUGAGGACCGGUCACUCAAUGUCUUCGUCAAGGAUGACGACCGCCUCACCUUCCACCGGCAUCCGGUGGCCCAGAGCACAGACGGCAUCCGCGGCAAGGUGGGCCACGCCCGGGGUCUGCACGCAUGGCAAAUCCACUGGCCCGCUAGGCAGCGGGGUACCCACGCUGUGGUGGGCGUGGCCACGGCCCGUGCCCCUUUACACUCGGUGGGUUACACCGCGCUGGUGGGCAGUGACUCCGAGUCGUGGGGCUGGGACCUGGGUCGCAGUCGCCUUUACCACGACGGCAAGAACCGGCCCGGGGUGGCGUAUCCUGCCUUCCUGGGACCAGAUGAGGCCUUUGCUCUGCCGGAUUCCUUAUUGGUCGUGCUGGACAUGGACGAAGGCACGCUCAGCUUCAUCGUGGACGGCCAGUACCUAGGUGUGGCCUUCCGUGGCCUCAAGGGCAAGAAACUGUACCCGGUGGUGAGUGCCGUGUGGGGCCACUGCGAAGUCACCAUGCGCUACAUCAAUGGCCUUGACCCCGAGCCCCUGCCGCUGAUGGACCUGUGCCGGAGAUCUAUCCGCUCAGCCCUGGGCAGGCAGCGCCUGCGGGACAUCGGCUCCCUGCCUCUGCCUCAGUCUCUCAAAAAUUACCUGCAGUACCAAUGAGCGGCGCUGAAGACCUGCCGUCCUCCGUGGUCACGGAGCACCUAGCUCCAGAGCGUCAGGACAGGCCAAGGACACGGAAGAGGACUGCCUGUCGGUUGCCCUUGCUGCCACCAGCCGGGACCAGGAGGCCACCUAGUCAACCAGAGUGUAGAGACCAUUUCUUCCUCAAGAGAAUGAAUAAAACAUUUGGCAGGAGACGGCGUCCUGUUCCCCACUGCAGACAGGCCCAGCAAGAUUGGCCAGCGGAGAGAAAAUAGCUUCUGAAUAAUGAAUGAUGGAAGCGAGUCCUUGAUGGUCCCAUCCGUGUCUGCCCCUGGCCAGGGCAGAGAGAUUACCCUUCCAUUUUAAGACUUAGUACCACUUUGAGAGAAAAGUCCCCAGGGACCACAGCGGUGCAGAAGCGCCUGGGCUUAGCUCUCUGAGCUGGCUUCCUCACCCCUUCCACCAUGGACAGAGCCCUUGGGCUGUCCCCACCCCUCUCUUCAGGGACUUGAGUCUGAUGACUUACCCCAGGGACAGAGCUUAUUCUAGGGUAUGAUGGUUUGUUUUUGUUUUUGGUUUUGGUUUUUUAAAAGUAGCAUUUGCAUUUUGAAAGAGGAGUGUGGGGAAGAUGGCUUUCUCCCAAAGGUGCUAAGGAGGAUGGGGGCCUCGUGGCGCCAAGUCUGAGACACCCUGAGCGCCCCAGGCUCUGGCAGCCACCACUCAGGGUGAAGCCUGGCUGUCACAAAGCUUUCUUUGAGCAAAUUAUUUUUUCACUCUAGGAGACUCCCACAGUUUGUUUGUCGUUUCCGAUACGUGUGUAACAUGCUGUUUAUUUAUCAGCCAGAGGCCUGGCGGUGUGGCCUUGGGACUGGAAGAGCGGCUUGGCUGUGACACAGUCUCUGCAGGACCCAAGACCUAUCCUCUCACAGAACGUUGCUGCUGCUGUUGCUGCUCCCGCCAGUGCCACCACUCGGCAUCGUCCAUGUGUUCCAGAUACUCUCCACCCAGACCCUGUUUUAACUGGAAAUCGUCACACUGUGGGCCAGAGCCGGACAGUGCAGCUUCCACUUUUAAUGUGAAUGUGACCUAUACGCAAGGAACAUUUCUAAUAAAGUUUGUCACUCUG